AUGAAAUUUUUUCAUGGCAAUCCCCGUAAGCCUGUUGAGUCGUUCGCCACUCAUUUUAAAGUACUCACGAUUUGCGGUUUGUGGCCACCGGUUGAUGCGAGCCCCUCUGCCAAGUAUUGGUACAACAUCUACAGCUGGUUCUGUCUCAUUUUGUGGCUUUAUGUGUUUGUGUACACGCAAUUUAUGUAUCUUUUUGAGAUUCGAGAUUUGGUUGAUUUGGCAAAUUCUUUGUAUUUUUUCCUCAUUCAAAUUGUGUUGAUACCAAAAUUGCAUUAUUUGAGGAAAAAUGGAGAUCGAAUAAGGAAAUGUAUUGAACAGCUAAAGUCUGAGUUGUUUCUUUCGCAGGAUGAAGAGGAAGAUAAAUUUAUCAACUACGCGAUUUUUCGCACCCGUUUAUUCCAUCGGAUGGAAAUCUCAUUGUGCUACACCUGCAUCAUCGUAUGGGCCAUCACAGUAUUCAUCGAAGGAAGCGGCAAAACUCAAAUGAUUCCUGCGAAAUUUCCCUUUGACACAACCAAAGGUCCCGGUUUCAUUUUCUCUUUCAUCUAUCAGAUUUUUAGUGUUAGUUACAGCGCUUUCACCCACAUGACGAUGGAUACUCUUGCUACCGGCUUGUUCUUUCAUGCGGCAUCACAAAUUAAUCGACUCGGUUACAGGCUUUCUAACCUCGGUCAUAAUGAAUUAAAAGCAUGCACUUCUCAAACAAGUCAUCGUAUUAAUUGGGCAAGGCAUGCGACGCAUAAUUUGAACGUUAAUGCAAUUAAGAUGCAGCAUGCGAGUGACAAGCAACCAACGAAGACGAAGAAGAAACGUCACUACCAGGAAUUAAUGAAAUGCAUAAAACAUCACAAGGAAAUAAUUGCCUACACGACGGAACUCGAAGAUGUUUUCAAAGAAUCACUUUUUGGGCAACUCAUGACAACUCUCAUAAUCCUUUGCAUGACGGAAUUUCUGCUGAUGAACUUCCAAAAAGGCAAUUCUUUGAUGUUCGCAAACGUUUUUCCGUACUUUCUGAUUGUGACAUUUCAAAUUUGGCAGCUUUGUUACACGGGAAAUGAGGUCUUUUAUGCGUCAAAGCAACUCAUGGAAAAGGCAUAUUUUUCGCAUUUUAUCGACUUUGAUAUUAAAACGUCGAAGACGUUAGUCACAUUUAUGGAACGGCUCAAGCGUGAUACUCCCGUAAAAUGUGGCUUUGUAUUUACGAUUACGUUAAAUAUUCAGACAUUCAUGUCGAUCAUGCGAGCCUCAUAUUCGUAUUUUGCUGUUUUGAGAUCCGUUGAUGGCUAA